AUGCACUGGAUUGCGGAGGUGCUGUUCGGACUGUUGCUCACUGGUGGCGUCCACGCUCUUUCUCCUGCCCAUAUAGCGUGUCAACUGCAGAAAGCGCCGAGACAUUCGCCGUUAGCGGGUUGCGCCCCUGGAACCAUUUUUGUAUCUCAGAACGACCCUCGGGCUCAUUUCACCAGUGUCCAGGAUGCCAUUGUUUCCUUACCUGAUCAAGGAGCGGUUACCAUCCUUGUCGGCGCAGGAGAAUACAAUGAGAUCGUGAAUGUUACUCGAAGAGGCCCAGUUACGCUGUUGGGUCAACUGAACUCUAAGACCGCCUUCGACCCAGCCGGGAACGCGUCCACACGCAACCUCGUCCACAUCUGGAACAACCAGUUUGUCCAGAGCGGCAUGGACGACGCGCAGUCUGCCGUUCUUCUCGUCGCGCCGUCGUUCAACGCUUCCCUCAUCGGUGCAGGCCCCACGGGUGCACCGCUGCAGCCGCUGUUCGGUAAUGUCGACUUCAAGGCGUACAACAUCGAUUUCGAGAACCGCGCUGCCAACUUCUCCAUUUCGCAGGCACUCGUCACAGACAUCUCGUAUGCGAAUGCGUCCUUCUACGGAUGCACGUUCGCGAGCUUCCAAGACACCUGGUACACGGGUCGCAACGGCAGCACCUAUGUUGUCGACAGUAUCAUCUUUGGUCAGACAGAUUACCUAUUCGGCUUUGGGACCGCGUGGUUUGAAAACGUCACUCUGGCAAACCGUGCUUGUGGUGGUGGAAUCGUCGCUUGGAAGGGUACCAACUUAACGGAUGCUCCCGGAAAUCGCUACGGCGCAUACAUUUCCAAUUCCAGAAUCAUCAGGUCUCCGGAUGCAAACGCGACCACCGUCACCGAUGGGAAGUGUUUCUUGGGCAGACCAUGGAACGAUCUUGCCACGACAGUAUAUCUUCGCACAUUCAUGGACGACAGCAUUCAGCCAGUGGGCUGGACUCCAUUCAGUAGCGCUAGACCGGUGAUCAUGAACACCACGUUCUAUGCAGAAUUCGCUUCCUUUGGGCCUGGUGGGAACACCUCUGAGCGGAUUCCUCUUGAGCAUCUUUUGACGAGGAAGCAAGCGGCCAACUUCACCAUCGACAAGGUCUUCCUCGAGAGACCGCGGUGGAUCGACUUUGGCUAUGUACUCUAG